GCUAACUCUUCAACUGUACCACCCUGUCUGUCUCCCUUUACUCUCUACUCCUUUGGCUUUGAGCCUCUGCUUACUCUUAUCUUCUUUUUCAAGAGCUCGUUCAUGUCUUCUUCUUCACUUUAAAAGCUCUCUAAACCCAAAGCAAAAACGACCCACAUUGCAGAAAAAACCCAUAAAAAUGAACCUUUAUAGCCUCUCAUUUCUUCUUUUUCUCUUUUUCCACCUCCCUUCUUCAAAACCAGAUCUCUCUUCCGACCGUGCAGCUCUCCUCGCCCUCCGGUCCUCCGUCGGCGGUCGUACACUACUCUGGAACGCCUCCCAAUCGAGUCCCUGCAACUGGGCCGGCGUUCUCUGUGAACAAAACCGUGUAACGGCACUCAGACUUCCCGGCGUAGCUCUCACCGGCAAAAUCUCAAUUGGCAUUUUCGGAAACUUGACAGCUCUCCGUACUCUCAGUCUCCGUCUCAACGCUCUCUCGGGCCAACUCCCUUCUGAUCUUGCUCUCUGUUCUAAUCUCCGUAAUUUAUACCUUCAAGGCAACCGUUUUACCGGCGAGAUCCCCGAGUUUUUGUUCUCUUUACAUGACCUCGUCCGGCUAAAUCUCGCCAGUAACAAUUUCUCCGGCGAGAUCUCUUCUGGGUUUAACAAUUUUACGAGGCUGAAGACUUUGUAUCUGGAAAGCAACAGCCUUUCUGGGCCAAUUCCCGGGCUCAAGUUACCGAAUCUUCAGCAGCUUAAUGUUUCAAACAAUUUGCUAAACGGGUCGAUUCCAAAAGCGCUUCAAGCUUUCCGGUCAAGUUCAUUUCUGGGUAAUUCUCUUUGUGGGAAACCACUCGAAGAUUGCUCAAAAGGCGACAGUAUAAUUGUUCCAAGCACACCCACCGGUGGGGAUAGCAAUGAGAAAGGGAAAAAGAAUAAGCUUUCCGGCGGAGCAAUUGCCGGCAUUGUGAUUGGAUCCGUUUUAGGGUUUCUCUUAAUUGUAAUGAUUUUAAUGAUUUUGUGUAGGAAGAAGAGCAGCAAGAGAAGCAAGUCAGUUGACAUUGCUUCAUUGAAGCAACAAGAGGCUGAACUUGCCGGAGAGAAAGGAAGUGUUAGGGAGGUGGAAAAUGUUGGUGGUGGGUACUCAGUAUCGGUGGCGGCAGCCGCGGCGGCAGCCAUGGCGGGGAGUGCUAAAGAGGAAGUGAAUGGCAACAGUAAUAAUGCCCCCAAAAAGUUAGUAUUUUUUGGAAAUGCAGGGAGAGUUUUUGAUUUGGAAGAUUUGUUGAGAGCUUCUGCAGAAGUUCUUGGAAAAGGGACUUUUGGAACAGCUUAUAAAGCUGUUUUGGAGAUGGGAACUGUGGUGGCUGUGAAGAGAUUGAAGGAUGUAACCAUUUCUGAUAAAGAAUUCAAGGAGAAAAUCGAUGCUGUUGGCGCAAUGGAUCAUCAAAAUUUAGUCCCUCUUCGUGCUUAUUAUUAUAGCAGAGAUGAAAAACUUCUUGUUUAUGAUUUCAUGCCAAUGGGAAGUUUAUCUGCACUUCUACAUGGGAACAAAGGAGCAGGCAGGACUCCAUUGAACUGGGAAACCAGGUGUAUCGCACUGGGAGCUGCUCGUGGCAUCGAAUAUCUACACUCUCAAGGCCCUAACGUCUCUCAUGGAAACAUAAAAUCUUCGAACAUUCUACUAACAAAAUCUUACAAUGCACGCGUCUCUGAUUUUGGCUUGGCGCACCUCGUUGGCCCUUCCUCUACCCCUAACCGGGUGGCUGGCUACCGGGCGCCAGAGGUCACUGACCCUCGCAAAGUAUCACAGAAGGCUGAUGUUUAUAGCUUUGGUGUGCUGCUCUUAGAGCUUCUCACUGGGAAGGCCCCAACACAUGCCCUCUUAAAUGAAGAAGGUGUCGACCUCCCCAGAUGGGUGCAGUCCAUUGUCAAAGAAGAAUGGACUUCAGAGGUUUUCGACAUGGAGCUCCUCAGGUACCAGAACAUUGAAGAGGAGAUGGUUCAACUCUUGCAGCUCGGCAUAGAUUGUGCAGCGCAAUACCCUGACAACCGCCCUUCAAUGUUGGAAGUAACAAGGCGCAUUGAGGAGCUAUGUCGUUCGAGCAUUCAAGAAGAACAAGAUCCUCAGCCUGAUCUGGUGAAUAAUGCAGAUGAUGGCCCAUCUUCAGUAUGAGUUUGUCAUUGAAUAUUCAUCCCAGAAUUACAAUGUUGGUUUCAUUUGUAUGUUUGAUUUGGAGCCUUCAAAUCUUCAUUGUUUCAUUAGGAGCCAACUGUUUUUCAUCUUCAUUAUUAGCCCUUGUUGCACUAGAUUUAUUUUAUUUUUUAGUUUUUUGUUUAAUUUUUUAAAAUUUUAAUUAAUACUUUGAGGUGGAAACCUGUUCAAAUUGUUCUUGUUGGGUGGAAAGAUGGUGGGUGUAAUUAUUAUUAGAUUUGCUUUUAUUUUCAGCUUUUGCUUUUUGAUGUUUA